AUGAGAAAAUCAAAUUAAAAAACAAAUUAAAAAACUAAUGACAAUAAUUUGAAUUAUUUGAAUGGAGGAGGAUUUGCAAUUCGCCCAAAAUCAUUACUUUGUACAGAAUACAGUAAUUUAUAGGCACGAUAUGUGGUCGAGAGUUUGGAACAGCUUCUCUAGAAAUUCAUUAAAAAACAUGUAUAAAAAAAUAUUAAAAUGAUCUAAUGAAUAUGGAUCCUGGUCAUAGAUAAUAAAUGCCUACAAGUAUAUUACCUAAUCUAUUCAUUUUUAGCUUAAGAGAUUUUAUAAAAAUUGGACUAAGAAAAAUAAUUUAGAACAUAAGUUGGAACAAAGGUUGGUUAAAAGUCAUAGCAAGUCUUAUAUGAAUAACCUUAAUAAGUUAUGGCUCUUGUUGGAGUAAGUGUAUUUAAUAACUUAAUAGUGCAGAAAAUGUGGAAGAAGAUUUAAUCCUGAUAGAAUCAGAAAACAUGAAUCUGUAUGUAUAGGACUGGAACCAGAUAUAUAAAAAAUAAAAGAAUAAUAAAAGGAAUAGAACAAAAGGGCUGCUAAAUAUUUAAGGCCAAAAUAAACUGGUAAAUGGAAACAAUAGCAUUUGGAAUUUUAAUAGGCUUUAAGGGAAAUGAGGAAAGUUAGAUAAUAAGAAAUAGCAGAAGGAAAAGGUAAUCCUUUUGGUCAUCAAUAAUAUGGUUAAUCUUAUGGAAUGCCAAAUAAAUAGCAAAAUGCCAAAUAUGGAAAAUCUAAUUAUAAUCAGUAAUAUAAUAAUAGACCUUAAUCUAAAUAACAAUAGUAGAAAUAAACAUAAUAAUAAUAAUUGAAUUUAUAAGGUUAUUCAUAAAGUGUUAAAACAACUCAUAAAUAACCUAAUUUUGAAUAAUAAUAAACAAAGAUGAUUUAAAAGACUCCAAUUUCUUAAAUGCCAUAAAAAUAAUAUUAAUAAUCUACUAAAAGUUCUUAUAAUGAUGUUGGUUAUGGAAGACCUGCUUAUAAUAAUGGUGGAGCAUGUAAAUAUACAAAUGAAUAUUAGCUUACUAAAUUGCUCAUUCAAAUGUUAGUACAUUUAGUUUAUUUACUUAAGAUGGAAAACCAAAAAAUUAUGAUAAUUAUCAAAGAAACAAUCCAUAUGCAAAGAAGAAUGGGUUAUAUUGA